AUGGCCGACAACGAGAAACUAGAGCUCGGCGCUCCACCAGCGUUCAAUGGAGACCGAUCUAGGUUGGAAGCGUUUACAGCUCACUGCAAAAUGGUGAUAAAAGCGCAACCCAAGAAAUUCGAUAACGACAACAAGAAGAUAGCGUACGCCCUUUCGUACAUGAAGGAGGGAAUCGCAGAACAAUGGAAGACUCAAUACAUCAAGGAUACAACGACAGCUGGUAACGCCAGAGCAAGCCAAACGUUUGAUCAGUUCAUAACAGAACUUGAGACGGCGUUUAAACCCCUGGAUAAA